AUGCAUAUCAAUGAGUUGAAAGAGAAGCACCCAAACUUGAAGGAUAAUCAAACAUUGUUGUGGAAUCGACAUUCAAAAGAAUUUUCUUUGUGGUUUUAUGAGAAGCUAUCUAGAUAUGAGAAGGCAGAUAACAUGUUAGCUCAAUUGGCUGAAGGCCCAAGCCGCAUUGUAAUUUCUUAUAAAGGUUAUAUGAUCAAUGGGAUGCGGUUUCACAAAAAAGGAGCUGAGAAAAGUACUCAAGACAGCGGUGUGUACUUAGAGGCUCAUGACAGUGGGAAAUUUGAUGAUAAAGAAGAGUAUUUCGGAGUUAUCAAGGAUAUAAUUUUACUUGAUUAUCGCACCUUUAAGGUGCCACUAUUUUUGUGUGAUUGGGCAAAUAUUCGAAGUGGUGUUAAGAAGCUUGAGUACUAUACACUUGUGAACUUUAGUGUAGGGCAAGCUCAAUCCAUUAGGGAUCCAUAUAUAUUAGCAUCGCAAGCUAAGAAGGCAUUUUAUGCAAGAGAAAAUGAGUCCUCUAAUUGGUAUAUAGCUUUAAAGGCUUCAAAUAGAGGGUGUUUUGGACUAGAAUAUGAAAAAUAAUGAAUUUUGACCAUUGAUGUAUGUUUGUUAAUCUUCCCUUAUUUCUCUCUCUCUUAGCAUUAAUCUAUGUUAUGUGAUAUUACUUUGUCACUAAUAUCCUUAAUCUACGAUUUAUGUUUUUUUGUGCAGUGAUUUCAACUAGAAAAUGACUAUACUGCGAAUAGGCAAAGACAACAAAAAAAGAAGAGCAUCCUUGAAGUAUCAACUUGGUGGUGAUGACUUGCUACAUGACAGCCCAAUUCAUAAAAGAAAGACUUCUCUACGUAAAUUGGCUGCACCAGCUACUAGGGUUGUCAUUGACUCACCACCAGCUCUUAGUACAAGGGCAACAACUCGUCGCAUGAUUCUAAUUGACUCACCUGAAGUGAUAGAGACAACUCUUGACCAAAGUAUAACUAACUCUCCUAUUGCAAGUCAACAGAAGGUAGACACUUGUAGAAAAUCAACUCGAUUACAAAAUACAAGUACUACAUUUCAAGUUGAAUUUGAAGCAACACCUCAAGAUCAUAAUGCAAAUGAAGAAUUAGAGAUGAUUACCAAGAAGACUAGAGGCAGAACUAUCCUAGCUAAUCUUACUAGAAGGAAUGGUGAAUUGAUAAAAAUCAAUUGGAACAUGAAUGGCCAACCAAUUGGUGAUAAUUCAAUACAAUUUGCAUCUUUUGUUGGUACUCUUGUGAGAGAGAUUGUUCCUUACACUCUUUCCGAUUGGAGGAAAAUGACACCAAUCAUGAGAGAUGUUCUUUGGGCAUCUAUUCAGGCCAAGUAUGAUUUACAUCAAGAUUGGGAAAAGAAGUAUUGCUUUCAAAUGAUGGUUGACCUAUGGAGAGCCUCAAAAUCUAGGCUUGUCAAAGACAUUAUUAGUGCUAAAACUGAAAGUGAACGACAAGCACUAAAACCAGAUUGCAUCAAGAGUGAUGUAGAGUGGAGGGCUUUUAUUAAACAGAAAACUAGUAAAGAGCAUAUGGCUUUACGGGCUAAAUUUCAAGAGAGAAGAAAGAAAACUAUUCCACACACCUUAAGUAGAAGAGGAUAUGCUCGAACAAUUGAUGAUAUGACUAAACAAAAUCAAGGUGGGAAUAUAACUAGGGUUCAGACAUUUCAGAAAGCCCAUACUAGGAAGAAUGGUGAGCCAAUCAACUCAACAACUUCUGAAUUUUUGGGGCAAUUAGAUGACAUUAUACGUGAAAACCCAAAUUCUGAAACUACAAAAAAUAUCGAAGAGGAUGCACUAACAAUAUUGUUCGGUGAACCAAAAUCUAGUCGUCAAAUUGGCCAAGGAAGAGGGAUGUCAAAAUCAAAAUCGACUAUUGUUCAUAUGUAUCAAGACAAGAUUGAAGUACUUGAAAAAGAACAACACAACAUGAAGAAGCAACUUGCUGAAUUGCUCAAACUUUUUAAGGAAAAUGGUGGUAAAGUAUCAACAAGUGAUGGAAAAUCUCACAUUACUCAUUCUCCAAAGCCUUCAAGUUCUUCAUUGAAUCAUUGUGACAAGAGUGUUGUCCAUGAAGAGAGCCAUAACUUUUCAGAUAUGAAUAGUGCUUGUUACUUGCUUGAUUGGAAGGGUGAAAUGGUUGCUGAAGAUCGUUGGUCUUCUAGUGAUCCAAACACACUUGUUCAUGGGAUUCCUCUUGGACCCGAAUUCAUGCGAGUGUGGGUUGACAUUGCUAUCUCACCGAGUGCUUAUUUGUUUCGUCCUAGCCACUCAAUGAUCACCAUACAAGAAGCUGUUGGCUCUAUUAUUGCAUGGCCUUCGGAGAAGGUUGUUCCAAGGUGUCAUUUCAAUGAUAGAGCUUACUGUUAAGAAAAGGGAGGCCCCAGCAGGUGAGAAGCCAGAACCAGUUAGAACUCACCUCCGUAACAUGAUUAUUGUUCCAGAGAUGAUCAGAAGCAUCAUCGGUGUGUUCAUUCCUCUCAAGUGAAGGCUGCCAGUUUGCAUAUUCAGUAUUUUUGUUUCCAAGACUUCCAUGAAUUUUUGUUUUCUUACUUUUUGUGUUGCUUAAAAGAGUUUGAAUACAAUCUCUUUACACCAGGGAACGUGGUUUAAAGUUUGAGAUUAUUCUGAUUAUUGAUCUUGGCCAAUAUUGGAAGUAUCUUUUUUUCCCC